AUUCAAUCGCUUUUCGCUCGUCAAUCCCAAGCAAAAUUCUCCUGCCGUUUACUGGCCCUCUCUGCCUGCAUACAAAACCCACCCCACUGCUUGUUCCCUCCUCCUUUCCUUAUCCGCCCAAUGCUUUCCCGGGUGAUUAGACGCCCUGUGCGCCUCCAUGUUCCGUUCAUGAGAACCUACGCGGAGCCAGCGCGCUACAAGAAAGUGCAACCACAGCCGCCCCAAGCCGAUGCGUCUUCCGAGAUCAACGCACGAAUUGUCACCACCUUGCUCCUUGUAGGGAUUGCAGGGACAGUUGGGUUCAUUGCCGCAACCAAGAAAAACGAGUUCAACCCACCACCAAAUGUAUACCCGGGCUCCUCCACCACAAAGGUGGAGGACCUCGCGCGCCCCUUCUACUGCGACUCCAUGACGAUGAUGCAGGUGGUGAAACAGAUCCGUCGCGUGGUGGGCGACGACCACGUGUCAACCUCUAAGGACGAGUUGGACUCGCAUUCCGACAACUCGUACACGUUCCAUCGUGCACAGCCACUGGAGAGACCGGUGGCGGUGGUGUACCCAGCAAACGCCGAGGAGGUCCAGGAGAUUGUCAAGAUCUGCUACAAGUACAGGGUGCCGAUGGUGCCGGUUUCCGGGGCAACGUCCAUCGAGGGCCAUUUCAUUCCCACCCGCCGCGGCGUAUGCAUCGACUUGGGCCGCAUGAACCAGAUAGUCGCAUUGCACGAGGACGACAUGGACGUGGUGGUCCAGGCGGGCGUGGAUUGGCAGGAGCUUGGCGAAUACCUCCAGCCGCACGGCUUGAUGUUUGGACCGGACCCGGGCCCGGGGGCGAAGAUUGGAGGUAUGGUGGCGACCAGCUGCUCGGGCACCAACUCGUACCGUUACGGGACCAUGAAAGAAAACGUGAUUUCGUUGACGGUUGUGUUGGCGGACGGGACGAUAAUCAAGACGAAAAAUCGUCCGCGGAAGAGCUCCGCUGGCUACAAUUUGACGGGCUUGUUCGUGGGCAGCGAGGGGACGUUGGGGAUUGUGGUGGAGGCGACGUUGAAGUUGCAUGUGCGCCCCCAGAACGAGAUCGUUGCCAUUGCCAACUUUCGCGAGAUCCAGGACGCUGCCCAGACCGUUGCGGAUAUCGUUCGCGCGGGCGUCCAGGCGAACGCCAUUGAGUUCAUGGACUCCAGACAGAUGAAGGUGGUGAACGCUGCGGGAUUGACGAACCGCACCUGGGCUGAAGACCACUUGUUGAUCUUCAAGAUUGGUGGGUCCCCUGGUACCUUGAAGGAUAACACCGCGGCUAUCCGGGCCAUUGCCAAGAAGAACAACGGGUUCAAUCUCGAGGUUGCUGGGGAUAGCGAUAAGGAUGAGUUGUGGUCCGCCAGAAGGGCGGCGUUGUGGUCCUCUGUCGCCUGGAGCAAGAGUUUGAACCCAGACAUGCAGUUCUGGCCGACGGACGUGGCGGUUCCGCUCUCCAAAUUGCCUCAGGUGUUGACAGAGACGGCGGCGGAUGUCGAGAACAGCGGCUUGAACCUCAACAUCGUGGCCCAUUUGGGGGACGCCAACUUCCACGCCAGUGUUAUUUUCCCCCCGGAGAAGUAUGCGCUUGCUGAGGAGCUUGUGAACCGGAUCACCGCGCGAGCCAUCGCGAACGAGGGAACCGUCAGUGGCGAGCACGGCGUGGGGAUCGGGAAGCGCGAGUUUUUGGUCCAGGAGUUAGGCGAAGAUACGAUUGACACGAUGCGGAAGUUGAAGAUGGCACUCGACCCGUUCCGGUUGUUGAAUCCGGAUAAGAUUUUUAAGAUUGAUCCGACGGAGAACCGCAAGCACUAGGGACAAGGCGCAGGGGUUUGAGUCUUUGUAUGUGCUAGAAGUUAGAGCAGUUUUCACUAAACAGGAAACUUUUUCAGUGUAACGUGGAGUCAAUCGGGAAGAUUGGGAAAAGCACUGGAAGGAAACAGACUGAAAAUACAAUCGUCAACCAGAGUAUUAGCUAAACAAAGUACUUGUACGCCGAACACUGAUAUUGUGAUCGGUAGAUAUGAAAGUCAUGCAAAACCUUUGGUAGGUAUUUGAAAUCCCGUGAGUCGGUUUUGGGGUGAGUAGACAUACAAGAUUGGCCCAUGACCGUGUUGUCUAGAUAGUGCAAAUGAAGUUUCGACCCCACACUGGCGUGUUUGUGUUGCCGGAUGACAGCUGAGGGGCCGACCUAUAAAUAUCGUACACCACUGAAGCAACUCUUAAAUUGCAAUGAAUUGUAGGACAG